AACAUCCUGUGGAAUGAUUUAACAAAUAUUGCCAUGAUUGAGGUUGUCGGACCAAUCAUUGUUGCUGUGCUCGUAAUAGUCAUUUGCUGUGUUGCCAAAAUAGGUGUGACACUUACCACAAAAAGAUACAAGAGCGAUGUGAAGUUAACAGGAAAAACAGUUCUGGUCACAGGAGCUAGUUCAGGGAUUGGACAUGAAGUGGCAAUCGAUCUAGCAACCAGAGGUGCUAGACUAAUUGUACCUUGUAUGUCUCACCAAGAAGGUAAAACAACAUGCAGGAGAAUCAUCGAAGCAACGGGUAAUUCGAAUAUUUCCUACAAAAUAAUGGACUUAAGGUCACUGAAAUCAAUCAGAGCUUUUUGCGAAGAAUUAAGUGAGACAGAAGAAAAAUUGGACAUACUUAUAAACAACGCGGGUGUUAUGCACUCCAGAGACGAAUUGACAAAGGACGGAUUGCAAGUGACAGUUCAAGUGAAUUAUUUUGGACCAUUUUUACUUACCAAUUUAUUAUUGGAUCUCUUGAAGAAGUCCAAUUCAGCAAGAAUAGUCAAUAUCACCACAGGCUUUAUGAUAUCCGUAUGCGAUUCUAAUAUAAAUCUGAAUACGCUCAACGAAUUCAAUGGAUUUUUGAACACGUACUGCAGAUCCAAAUUAUAUUUUCGACUGUUUAAUGUCGAACUGGCCAGAAAAUUGACAGGAUCGAACAUUACGACAUAUUCCGUGUACCCUGGAAGUACAAGGACGAACUUGCUUACGAACACAUCCAUUGCGUUCCAGGCCUGGGCCAGAUUAUGGAUGUGGUGCCAGAACAGUCCAAAAAUUGUAGCAGAAUCAAUUGUGUACUGUGCCAUAAAAGAAGGAAUCGAAAGACACUCUGGCAGACAUUUUGAAAAUUGUGGUGUCACAAAUGAACUGACCAGCGUGAAGAAACAUUUGAAACUGUGCUCAGCCUUAUGGUCGAAAUCUGAACAAUUGGUUAAGCUCAAUGAGUGUGAUAACAACAAUACGACUAAUUCCAAAUUUAGUGAUAAAAUAAUGACAAAUUGAUCAUAAUGAACAAAAGUACAAAAUUAUAUAUUUUUUAAAAUAUUCAUGGAUUAGUGUAGUGUAUAUUUUUUUAAAUAAAUUUUAAA